ACACACACAAGCAUUCACGGGCUCGCACACAGAGAGAAAAUCCUCUUGCCUGUUGAUUUAUGGAAACAAUUAUGAUUCUGCUGGAGAAAUUCUCAGCUGAGAAAUAGUUUGUAGCUACAGUAGAGAGGCUCAAGUUGCAUAAGGCAGACAACAGACAUGGAAUUCUUGUGUAUCCAGCUGUUAUAAACAGAACAAAAGCCAAAUAGCAAACAACGUCAUAGCAACUGAGUUUGUUACAACCUGUUUUUAUAAGGAUAUAUCAACAGAAUUACUUGCGGAGAAAUCCUAUAUUGUUAUCAGGAACUAAAAGGAUAAGUCUAACAUUUGGAAAGAGCAACUCCUCUUUGUUAAAUCAAACUCCAAUUCAGAUAGGAAGAGGUCCAUGACCUAGGAGUAACCAUCAACUCAAGAUUUAAUUUUCAUUAUGUUAUUCAUGAACACCUGGAGCACUACACUAUAAUGCACAAAUGGAUACUGACAUGGAUCCUGCCAACUUUGCUCUACAGAUCAUGCUUUCACAUUAUCUGUCUAGUGGGCACUAUAUCUUUAGCUUGCAAUGACAUGACUCCAGAGCAAAUGGCUGCAAAUGUGAACUGUUCCAGCCCAGAGCGACAUACAAGAAGUUAUGAUUACAUGGAAGGAGGGGAUAUAAGAGUGAGAAGACUUUUCUGUCGAACACAGUGGUAUCUGAGGAUUGAUAAACGAGGCAAAGUAAGAGGGACUCAAGAGAUGAAGAACAAUUACAAUAUCAUGGAAAUCAGGACUGUGGCAGUUGGAAUUGUGGCAAUCAAAGGGGUGGAAAGUGAAUACUAUCUUGCAAUGAGCAAAGAAGGAAAACUCUACGCAACGAAAGAAUGCAAUGAAGACUGCAACUUCAAAGAAUUAAUUCUGGAAAACCAUUACAACACAUAUGCAUCAGCUAAAUGGACACACAGUGGAGGAGAAAUGUUUGUGGCCUUAAAUCAAAAGGGGGCUGCGGUAAAAGGGAAAAAGACAAAGAAAGAACAAAAAACAGCCCACUUUCUUCCUAUGGCAAUAACAUAAUCAUUCACAGUAUGUAAGAAACCAGUUCCAGCAGGGAGUUUCUUCAAGUGGACUGUUUUCUUUCUUUUUUUCUCUCUCUAUUUUUUUUUCAGAAACCAAGAAAGGCUGGAAAACUACUGAAAAAACUGAUCAAGCUGGACUUGCGGAUUUAUGUUUAUUUUAAGAGACUGCAUUAAAGAAAGAUUUGAAAAACUAUACACAAAAAUCAGAUUUAGUAACUAAAAGUUGUAAAAAAUUGUAAAACUGGUUGUACAAUCAUGGUGUUAGUAAUAGUAUCUUUUUUCUUAAAUUAAUUUACCCUUAAAUGUGUGUUAGAUUUGAUUAUCUGAUAAUGAUUAUUUAAAUAGUCCUAUCUGCUUAUCAAAUGGCUGCUAUAAUAAUAAGAAUAAUGCAGAUGAUGUUAUAUAGAUAUUUCAGACCUAAAGGCUGCUGGAAUGACUGUCAGAUAAUCAAAUCAACAUUAAUUAUGAAAGAUGAGCAGUAUUUAAAAUUUGUUUUAGUAAAAAAAAUGCCCACUUAAACACCAAUCAGAGAAAAAAGAAAAAUCUUCAAAAUUUCUGUUGUGGAACUGACUCAAAUAGUUUUAAAAAUCAUGAGAUUAGUACAUGAUUGUGCCUAAGAACAAAAUGCCUAAUGCUGCUCAAUUGAAAGCAGUUGCUAAAAGGAUGUUUUCAAAAAUCUUGUAUAUAGAAUAACAAUAAUGACAAUACUAUAUUUCAUCUCACUUGCCACAACAUAACUUUUUAUAACCUGUAAAAGUAAAAUUCAGAAAUCUUUUUUUUCCUAAUAACAUAAUCUGUCUUUCACAUAACUCAUAUUCUGGAAUAUGUUCUUCCCACAAAUAAUCAUGCUUUGUUUCUGUGGUUACAGCAUUAAACUCUAUUUUAAGUUGUAUUUGAACUUUAUUGUUUUGUUAUUUAAGUUUAUGUUAUUUAUAAAAAAAUCCUUAAUAAGCUGUAUCUGUUUCAUAUGCUCUUAAUUUUUAAAUAACAAACUGCUUGACCCAAGUGCAAAUUUCCCCUCCCCAUGUGACUGACACUAAGUGUAACACACAGUACCUGGGCCAGCAAAUCCUGGACGGCAGACAAAAAUGACAGCCUGCAGCAGUGCUUACAGCAGUGUCUUACAGGGAGCAGUACAAAUAGGUGAAAAAUGGUUUGCUAAUACUCUUGCCAACUAAAUUGGAUCCUAUAAGUAACAUCACUCUAGAUAACUUGCAGAUUUAAAAAAUUUAAGUUGGAAAAUUUUCAAUCUCUACAGAUAUCCUCCAUCCAAAAGAUGGCAGCAUUGAAUGUUAUACAUAUAAUUAUACAUUAUAUGUAAUUUUUAUAUAUAAAUUAUAUAUAUACAUACAUAUAUAGAUUUUUUUUCCUUCUGUGAGACGGCAAGAGCACAACGCCCAAAACAAAGCAUUUAGGACCCUGAGUAACACAAAGACUUGAGGGCGGACUAGGGAUCACAGACAUAUCAGAAAAAAAAAUGAGUUUUCACUUUAAAGUUCUAACACUGACAGACCUUAACAUUGCUUUUACAGUCACCAAAUGGAAGGUAAACCUUUACUUAAAUCAUUGGGUGCCAUUCAUCGUACUUUAAAUUCAAAACACCUGGCAUCAAAAUUCUGCUCAUAAGUAUUAUUUGGUAAUGUACUUAUAAGUGAGAGUUGCAUGAAGAGGGUAGAUGAACUGAAACCAGUGACUUGAUUUUCUCAUGGAUCACCUGCAUUGCCAGGCUGCAAGAGGUUAGAACUCAUUGCCUUCCCUCAGAUCUAAACUGGGGAGGAAGUCUUGAAUGUGAUUCCAAAUUAUCACAUGGCUUAUAGGUCUUGCUGGCCCAGGUCCCUAGUUGAGGCUUUUGUGACUGCAAUCUAUGAAUAUCUUGAGGACAGAGGAGAACUGAACUUUUUCGUAUUAAUUUUCUUUGUGCCUAGAGCAGUAUCGAUAAAAAUUUUUCCAUAAAAUAGAAUAUUUUUAAAAGUUCAAAAUUAUACUAAUCUUAACUUCAUUUUAAAAAGUUAACAGAGAAAUAUGACUACAUAAAAACUUAAACAGGAAUAGUGUGUAUAUACAAACAAGAUGCUAGUUCUGUUAGGACCAAGUAUUCCUUAUCUAUGGAGUUAUAGUUAUCACCAAAUGAUACAGCAGUGCAGAAUUAGGUAAAAAUCAUCAUUAGUAGUAAGUGAGUUUCUGGUAGUCUAGGUUAUUUAAAAAGUCUUUUUAGGAACAUAUACUUUUAAUUCUUUGUUUUACUCCUCUUUGAAACAUAUAUUACAAAAAUUUUAGACAGUAAAAUGUGCUCUAGUUGCAUACACUUAAAAUUAUAGAAUUCUAAAACUGUAAGAAUGUUUAACCCUCUUACUCUUUUGUAGAUCUGGAAACUCAGAUUUUCUAUAGCUAAAUUUAUGUAGUUGGAUGGGUCAGCAGAGUCUUGGUAAUUUAAUAUGCUAUUAGAUGAUGAUUAUUAGCUAGUAGUCUUCUGUUUUUGCAUUUUAUUUUUAUUGACACAUGAUCAAAAGUUUUGUGAAUCAUUUCACACAUAAGGACUAGACUAUAUUGUGAUGAUGUGACUUAAAAAUAUUCUAAUUUCCAAUCAUGAUUCUUAUUCAACUCUUAUAUGUAUCAUUUAUAAGUGGAAAACCUUGUGAAAAUUAUCCUUAUGAAUAGAGUAACAAAUGCUUUUAAAAGGGAAAGUAAGUUGAAUGCAGAGGUUUCCAAUAAUCAGGAAAGAAAAGAUAAAAAUACGACUGCUAAUAAAAUAAAAUAUACUUUUGAUGAAGUAAAUGAUUUUGACAUCAAAUAUAAUAUGAAUUAUCAGUCUUCAAGCUGGCUGUAAAAUCAAUUUAGUGACAGUAAAGAAGAGAUGCUAGAGAAAUGUGCUUAGAGCUUCUAUGUCCUAAGAGUUUGCUCUGCUGGCUCUCUGUAGUGCCAAAGAAAUAGAUGGCUAUGGGACACAGCUGUAGUAAAUGCAAUUCCAUAGGUACAUAUCCUUUAAGUAGUUACUGUCACAAUUUUGUACUGAAACAUGUAUAACAUUGAACAUAGAAUAAGUAUAGCAAAGCAUAGAACUAUUGCUCUUAAGGAAUAAUGCAUAGGUGUCCUGACCAAAGACAAAAAAAUUCCUCACAAUAUCUCAUGUCUUAAAAUACAAACAAUUUUCUGCAUUUUAUACAUUUGUGUUUGCACUAAAAUAAAGAAUGUCUGCAAUUAAUACCAGUGAGUCAAACUCAUGCUUCAGAAGAACACACAAGAUUUAUCAUGUGGCCUUAUUUACACCCCUUCUUUAUUUCCACAUAUUUGUCUUGCAUGAAUAUGAAACACAAAAUCCUCUACCUCCCUUUCUUCAACUCUAUAAAUAAAUAACACAUGUCUAAAUAAAAGCAAAACUUAAAAUGAAUUUACUAUGUACAGGAAUAGUAUAAAAAUAUUUACUGGCCCAUAUGAGUGGUUACUGGUCAAUUGGAAUAUAUCACUGAUGUAUCAGAAUGGAUGUAAGCCACAAUGAUUAAUGUGUGGCACCGAAUGAUUAUUAGCCUUGACCAUUUUUAUGAUACACAUUCUAAAACAUUUCUUAAAAAAUAUCUAUUAAUUGGUCUGUCUUGUUUAAGUGCUAAAUGUGUAACCAACUAUGAAACAGUUCAUUAAAACUUCCUGUCUUACUGCUUCAGCAUUGUUGUCAGGUUACUCUUUAUUCUAUGUCUCUACUUAUUCUAUGAAUCAGCUGCUUUUAAUACAGGUGACUUGUUCGUUUAUGGUCACAUAUGUUCCCACACACCAUCUUCCAAUUUUGAAUAGUUUGUCAAGAGCUGGCUUCUUUUAAAUAAAGAAAAAUUUAUAGGAAGCAAGAAAUAAUAAAAUCCUCCUUUCUUCUCAAAA